UGUGAGUGUGAGUGUGAGCAAAGCAGAGCAGCAGCGCAGAGCAUCAGGCAUCGCCAUGGGUGAGGUUGCAGACAUGUACACCCAAGAUGGCACCGUGGACGUCAAGGGGAACCCCGCGGAGAAGAAGAGCACCGGCAACUGGCGUGCCUGCCCCUACAUCCUCGCUAACGAGUGCUGCGAGAGGCUGGCCUACUAUGGCAUGAGCACCAACCUGGUGAACUACAUGAAGACCCGGCUCGGGCAGGAGAGCGCCAUUGCCGCGAACAAUGUCACCAACUGGUCCGGGACGUGCUACAUCACCCCCCUCAUCGGCGCCUUCCUGGCCGAUGCCUACAUGGGGAGGUUCUGGACCAUUGCCAGCUUCAUGAUCAUCUACAUCCUGGGCCUGGCGCUGCUGACGAUGGCGUCGUCGGUGAGGGGGCUGGUGCCGGCGUGCGACGGCGGGACGUGCCACCCGACGGAGGCGCAGACGGGGGUGGUGUUCUUGGCGCUGUACCUGAUCGCGCUGGGCACGGGCGGGAUCAAGCCGUGCGUGUCGUCGUUCGGGGCGGACCAGUUCGACGAGAACGACGAGGGGGAGAAGCGGAGCAAGAGCUCCUUCUUCAACUGGUUCUACUUCUCCAUCAACAUCGGGGCGCUGGUGGCGUCGUCGGUGCUGGUGUACGUGCAGACGCACGUCGGGUGGGGGUGGGGGUUCGGCAUCCCGGCCGUCGUCAUGGCCGUCGCCGUCGUCAGCUUCUUCGUCGGCACGCCGCUGUACAGGCACCAGCGGCCCGGGGGCAGCCCGGUGACGCGCAUCGCGCAGGUGCUCGUCGCGUCGGCGAGGAAGUGGGGGGUGGCGGUGCCGGCCGACAAGUCGAGGCUGCACGAGACGGUGGACAAGGAGUCCGGCAUCGAGGGCAGCCGGAAGCUGGAGCACACGGAGCAGUUCGCGUGCCUGGACAGGGCGGCGGUGGAGACGCCGGAGGACAGGGCGGCGGGGGCGGGGAGGAGCCCGUGGCGGCUGUGCACGGUGACGCAGGUGGAGGAGCUGAAGAGCGUGGUGCGGCUGCUGCCGAUCUGGGCGAGCGGCAUCGUGUUCGCGACGGUGUACGGGCAGAUGAGCACCAUGUUCGUGCUGCAGGGGAACACGCUCGACGCCAGCAUGGGGCCGCACUUCUCCAUCCCGGCGGCGUCGCUCUCCAUCUUCGACACGCUCAGCGUCAUCGCCUGGGUGCCCGUCUACGACCGCCUCAUCGUGCCGGCGGUGCGCGCCGUGACGGGGCGGCCGCGCGGGUUCACGCAGCUGCAGCGCAUGGGCAUCGGCCUCGUCAUCUCCAUCUUCUCCAUGCUCGCCGCCGGCGUGCUCGACGUCAUCAGGCUGCGCGCCAUCGCCCGCCACGGCCUCUACGGCGACAAGGACAUCGUCCCGAUCUCCAUCUUCUGGCAGGUCCCGCAGUACUUCAUCAUCGGCGCCGCCGAGGUGUUCACCUUCGUCGGCCAGCUCGAGUUCUUCUACGACCAGGCGCCCGACGCCAUGCGGAGCAUGUGCUCGGCGCUGUCGCUCACCACCGUCGCGCUAGGCAACUACCUCAGCACGCUGCUCGUCACCAUCGUCACGCACGUCACCACCAAGAACGGCGCCGUCGGCUGGAUCCCGGACAACCUCAACCGCGGCCACCUCGACUACUUCUUCUGGCUCCUCGCCGUGCUCAGCCUCAUCAACUUCGUCGUCUACCUCGUCAUCGCGAGCUGGUACACCUACAAGAAGACGGCGGAUUCCCCCGACGACGACAAAGCCGACCACCACGCAGCGAAUUGAAACCGAUCACACACUUGCACAAAGCUGAUCAUCACACAACACAAGGUGAAUUGAGCUGAACUGAAGCUGCUCUGCUGCUGACUUCUCUGGCGUGUCAAUGUCAGAAUGCGUGUGUUCUAGACAAGUUCUUGGAAGAUAAAUGGGAAAAAGGAUUAGUGUCAUUUGUGACCUUCAAAGAUGUUAUAGUGUUAAUUGUGUUACGUCUGGUAGAAGAAAGAAAAGAAGAAUUUGGGGGUGUUAAUUAGUUUAGAUUUAUAAAUGUCUAUGUUUAGUUUUUUUGUGCAAAUGCAUUGGCCAAAUUACCCGUGCAAGAAAUAAGGGCUUGUAUGUGUGGAGACUAGAGUAUAUAAUCAGAAGUUCAUUCAGGUUGCA